UGGCUGUGCUGGGUUUAGUGUGUGUGUGUGUGUGUGUGUGUAUGGGAAUAUUAUGGGAUGUCCACCCCCCUGAUCUCUUUGUGUAUGUGAGGAUAGGAGAGGAGAGCACGGGGUGAAGAGUGGACGACGUCUCCAAAAUCAUUACACUCAUUUAAUAGCUAUUUAUAUAGAAAAGUAUCAUAUUUAACUGUAUUUUACCUGAAAUUAAACAAACAAAAGACUGUACCCUGGACUCACCUGAAUGCUUUGGCAUUUCCACUACCAGAAUGUCUGCCAGUGAAGACGAAAAUAUUGAACGUUUUGAAUCCAAGAUUCAAGAUGAUGAAGAGGAGGAACCUACAACAGAGUUUGAUGCUCCAAAAUCCAAAAAGAAGAAAAAGGCGAAGAAAAGCAAAGAGAGCAAAGGCACCAAACGCCAGAAACCUUUUAAAGAGGAGGUGCUGGUAAGUUCUCCAGAAGCUCUGGAAGCUCUAAGGCUGGUAGAGGAGGAGGGGAAUGAAGAGCAGACGUUACGUUCGGACAGUGAGGGGAGCGAUUAUGCCCCGAGCAAAAAGAAAAAAAAGAAAUUAAAUUCCUCCUCCAAAGAAAAAAAGAAAGCUGAGAAGAGCGGCGGAGGGAAGAACAAACGCCGAGAUCCAGAACCAGAGAAAGAGGAGGAGGACGACGAUGAUGAUGAAGAUGCUGGACAGCCGAAAUCAUCCGCGGAGCUACUGGCUGGUUGGGGGAUGAAGGAUAUCGACUACACCUUCAGUCAGGAGGACUACCACUCUCUAACCAACUAUAAAGCCUUUAGCCAGAUGAUCAGACCCCUGAUAGCAGCCAGGAACCCGAAGAUCCCCGUAUCCAAGAUGAUGAUGGUGCUGGGUGCGAAAUGGCGAGAGUUCAGUGCUAAUAACCCAAUGAAAGGAUCAGCGAGUGCCAGUGCCGCAUUGCUCUCUGUGGACAGAGUAACCACAACUGCAGAAGCAAAGUCCACAGUGUCAGGUGUCUCUUCCACUAUAACCACCCCAACAACUGCACCAGCAAACACCUCAGCACCAACCCUGGCAACACAACCAGCACCUGCUGCACCAAUACGCAAAGCCAAAACCAAAGAGGGCAAAGGACCGAAUGCUCGUCGGAGGACAAAGCCCAAAGUGCAGGAUAAGAAACCUAAAGCAAAGAAAGUGGCACCACUCAAAAUUAAACUAGCUGCAUUCAAGAGAAAAAGAUCAUCGAGUGGUGAGGAUGAGGAUGGUGAGAGUGAUUUUGAGGGCUUCUCAGUAAGUGAUGGAUCAAACCGCAGUAGCCGACCUAAAAACAAAAAGUCCAAGAGAGCCAAGAAGAAGAAGAAAGUAAAUGCUGAUUGUGACGGGUAUGAGACGGAUCACCAGGAUUACUGUGAGGUGUGCCAGCAGGGUGGGGAGAUCAUCCUGUGUGAUACCUGUCCCAGAGCAUACCACCUGGUCUGUCUCGAUCCUGAAAUGGAAAAAGCACCUGAAGGAACCUGGAGCUGCCCACACUGUGAGAAGGAGGGGAUCCAGUGGGAGGCGCGUGAGGAGAGUUCUGAAGGGGAGGAAGAGAUUGAUGAAAGAAGGAGGAAUGAUGAUGGGAUGGAGGAGGAGGAUGUGGAGGAGGAGGAGGAAGAAGAUCAUCAUAUGGAGUACUGUCGGGUGUGUAAGGAUGGAGGAGAGCUGCUGUGCUGUGAUACUUGCCCAUCAUCCUACCACAUGCAUUGCCUAAACCCGCCCCUCCCUGAAAUCCCGAAUGGAGAGUGGAUCUGCCCCCGCUGCAGGUGCCCUCCGCUGAAGGGCAAAGUCCAGAAGGUCCUGACAUGGCGUUGGGGUGAAGCUCCACCUCCGAUCCCAGUACCUCGCUCACCGGAUUUACCUGCUGAUGCUCCUGAUCCACCUCCUCUGAUUGGCCGAAAGGAGAGAGAGUUUUUCGUGAAGUGGUGUAACAUGUCGUACUGGCACUGCUCAUGGGUACAGGAACUGCAGUUGGAGCUGAACUGUCAGGUGAUGUUCCGUAAUUUCCAGCGUAAGACUGAUAUGGAGGAACCCCCGGUUCUAGACUCAGCUGAAUGUGAUGAUGAUAAGAGUGUAAGAAGGAAGAGUAAAGACCCCCUGUAUGCCCGCAUGGAUGAUCAGUUUGCUCGAUACGGUGUCAAGAUGGAGUGGCUGCUCAUCCAGCGUAUCCUUAACCACAGUGUGGAUAAGAAGAAUAAUGUUCAUUAUCUGAUUAAAUGGAGAGAUCUACCAUAUGAUCAGUCAGCAUGGGAGAGUGAGGAGGUGGAGAUUCCUGAUUUCGAUACGUACAAACAACAAUACUGGAAUCACAGAGAUUUGAUGAUUGGUGACGAAGGGCGACCAGGAAAGAAGCUGAAAAAAGUGAAAGUGAGGAGGAUAGAGAAACCACCUGUAAACCCUGUAGUGGAUCCCACGGUGAAGUUUGACAGACAGCCAGAAUACUUAGAUGUAACAGGGGGAACGUUACACCCGUACCAGCUGGAGGGGUUGAACUGGUUACGCUUCUCCUGGUCUCAGGGUACAGAUACCAUCCUCGCUGAUGAGAUGGGACUUGGCAAAACUGUCCAAACUGCUGUGUUUCUCUACUCACUGUAUAAAGAGGGCCAUUCUAAAGGACCUUUCCUGGUGAGUGCCCCUCUUUCCACCAUCAUUAACUGGGAGCGAGAGUUUGAGAUGUGGGCACCAGACUUGUAUGUGGUUACGUAUGUGGGAGAUAAAGACAGUCGAGCCGUGAUCAGAGAGAACGAGUUCAGCUUUGAGAAUCACGCCAUCCGUGGAGGAAAGAAAGCUUCCAAGAUGAAGAAAGAAGCAUCGGUGAAGUUCCAUGUGUUGUUGACGUCCUACGAGCUGAUAACGAUCGAUCAGGCUGUGCUGGGUUCUAUAGACUGGGCAUGUCUUGUUGUGGAUGAAGCUCACCGCCUCAAAAACAACCAAUCAAAAUUUUUUCGGGUUUUGAAUAACUACCCUCUACAGCAUAAACUAUUACUGACUGGAACACCACUGCAGAACAACCUGGAGGAACUGUUCCACCUACUCAACUUCCUCACCCCCGACAGAUUCAAUAAUCUGGAGGGAUUUCUGGAGGAGUUUGCUGACAUUGCAAAAGAGGAUCAGAUUAAGAAGCUCCACGACAUGUUAGGACCACACAUGCUGCGCCGCCUCAAAGCCGACGUCUUCAAACACAUGCCCUCCAAAACCGAACUCAUCGUCCGUGUGGAGCUCAGCCCCAUGCAGAAGAAGUACUACAAAUACAUUCUGACGCGUAAUUUUGAGGCUCUGAAUAUGCGGGGUGGGGGGAAUCAGGUGUCCCUGCUGAACGUGGUGAUGGACCUGAAGAAGUGCUGUAACCAUCCCUAUCUCUUCCCUACAGCUGCCAAUGAAGCUUCUAAAAUGCCUAAUGGUAUGUAUGAGGGUGGAACUCUCACAAAGGCCUCUGGGAAACUGAUGCUGCUGUGUAAGAUGCUGAGGAAGCUGAAAGAGGAUGGACACAGAGUGCUGAUUUUCUCACAGAUGACGAAGAUGCUGGACCUGCUGGAGGAUUUCCUGGAGAACGAGGGAUAUAAGUAUGAGCGGAUAGAUGGUGGAGUAACUGGAGUGAUGAGACAAGAAGCCAUCGACAGGUUCAAUGCUCCUGGAGCUCCUCAGUUUGUGUUUCUGCUCUCCACACGAGCAGGGGGUUUAGGCAUCAACCUGGCAACUGCAGACACCGUCAUUAUCUAUGACUCCGACUGGAACCCACACAACGAUAUUCAGGCGUUCAGUAGAGCUCAUCGUAUCGGUCAGAACAGGAAGGUGAUGAUCUACAGGUUUGUCACUAAAGCAUCAGUGGAGGAGAGGAUCACUCAGGUGGCGAAGAAGAAGAUGAUGCUGACCCACCUGGUAGUUCGACCUGGUUUGGGUUCCAAAGCGGGCAACAUGUCCAAACAGGAACUGGACGACAUUUUAAAGUUCGGUACUGAACAGCUGUUUAAACAUGAAGCUACUGAAGGUGAAAGUAAGGAGGAGGACAGCAGCGUGAUUCAUUAUGAUGAUAAAGCCAUUGAUAAACUGCUGGAUCGGAACCAGGACGGCACCGACGAUACGGAGCUUCAGAGCAUGAACGAGUACCUCAGUUCCUUUAAAGUGGCGCAGUACGUGGUUAAAGAUGAGGAGGACGAGGAGGAGGUGGUGGAUCGGGAGAUCAUUAAGCAGGAGGAGAGUGUGGAUCCAGAUUACUGGGAGAAGUUACUGCGACAUCAUUAUGAACAGCAGCAGGAGGUGUUAGCCAGUCAUUUGGGGAAAGGAAAACGUCCACGCAAACCUGUCAAUUACAAUGACUGCUCUCAGGAGGAGCGAGAUUGGCAUGAUGAACAGUCUGACAACCAGUCAGAUUACUCGGUUGCUUCAGAGGAAGCAGAUGAGGACUUUGACGAGCGCUCUGAAGUGAACUCACGCAGACCGAAUCGUAAAGGUCUGAGGAACGACAAGGAUAAACCGCUGCCCCCCCUGCUGGCCAGAGUGGGAGGAAACAUUGAGGUGUUGGGCUUCAACACUCGACAAAGGAAGGCCUUCCUGAAUGCAGUGAUGAGGUAUGGCAUGCCCCCACAGGACGCCUUCACCAACCAGUGGCUCGUCAGAGACCUGAAAGGGAAAUCUGAGAAGGAGUUCAAAGCUUAUGUCUCUCUGUUUAUGAGACAUUUAUGUGAACCGUGUGCUGACGGUGCAGAAACCUUCGCUGACGGAGUUCCACGUGAAGGGUUGUCACGGCAACAUGUUCUUACACGCAUCGGCGUGAUGUCACUAAUCCGGAAAAAGGUGCAGGAGUUUGAACAUGUGAACGGUCAGUGGUCGAUGCCAUGGAUGAAGGAACUGGAGGAGAAAAAAAGAGCAGCGGCAGUUGCCGCGGGAGAUGAUCCCAAAACGCCCUCUACUGGCACACCUGGAGAUACGCAACCCAACACACCUGCAGCGGAGGAUCAGCCACGAGGAGAAGAUUCAGAAAGAGAGACAGAGGAGAAGAUGGAGAAAGAUGGCGAGAGAGAAAGAAAAAACACCAAACUGCAGGAUGACGAUGUAAUAGAAAUUGGAGAUGAUGGAGAAACCACCUUCAGUCUGGAGCAGAAGGGAACAGGACAGGAGACAAAGGGUGAAGUUACAUCUGCCUCAGAGGACAAAGCUGCAGAGAUGGGAAGAACAAAGAGAGAAACCGAGACAGAAAAAAAGAAAGAGCAAGACCAAGAGGCUUCUCCUAAAGAGAGCACUUCUUCUGCAGACACCAACCUGGAAAGAUCAGAGAUCAUCUCCAAAUCCAAAGAGGAGAGUACUGAGGAGAACAACGAGAAGAGUGACGACAAUCCAGCUGGAGACGAGAAGAAAGAUGUGAAAGACGAGAAGGAUGGAGUGAGGGUGGAGGAGUCUAGGAUGAAUGGUGAUGAUGGAGGAGCAGAAAAUGAGGAGAAGAAGAAGCACAUCAAACACAGAUUCAUGUUUAACAUUGCAGAUGGAGGAUUCACUGAACUACACUCUCUGUGGCAGAAUGAGGAGAAAGCUGCCACUGUCACUAAGAAGACUUAUGAUAUUUGGCAUCGUCGUCAUGACUACUGGCUUCUGGCUGGCAUCAUCCAACAUGGAUAUGCACGGUGGCAGGAUGUCCAGAACGACCCACGUUUCUGCAUCCUGAACCAGCCAUUCAAAGGAGAGAUGAGCAGAGGGAACUUCAUCGAGAUCAAGAACAAGUUUCUUGCUCGCAGGUUCAAGUUGUUGGAGCAGGCGUUGGUGAUUGAGGAGCAGUUACGUAGAGCAGCUUAUCUGAACAUGACUGAAGAUCCUUCUCACCCCUCUAUGGCCCUCAACACCAGGUUCAGUGAGGUGGAGUGUUUAGCUGAAUCUCACCAGCACCUCAGCAAGGAGAGCAUGAGGGGAAACAAACCAGCCAAUGCUGUGCUACACAAAGUUCUUAAACAGCUGGAAGAGUUGCUAAGCGACAUGAAGGCAGAUGUUACUCGUCUCCCGGCAACCAUUGCCCGGAUACCACCGGUUGCUGUGCGACUGCAGAUGUCGGAGCGCAGCAUCCUGAGCCGCCUGGCCAACCGGGGGUCAGAGAUCACGCAAACACAGGGGACUCGCUAACCUCCCACCAAACUUUUUACCCAUUAGUGACUUCUCCUGUUUCACUUUAGGCUGUGUCCCAAUUCAGAAUGAUUCACUAAUUCAUUUACUCCUACAGUUCUGGAUUAUAUAUCACACACAGAUUGCUUGUUUCAGGCUGUGUCCCAAGUCAUAUAAGCAUAAUUAGUGAUGCAGAGUAAGUUGCAGAGAGAGUUUUACUCAUUCACCAACUUAUUCCUAUUUUAGGCUUUGUCCCAAUGAAAUACACACACCCACAAAAAAGAUUGUACCUGUUAAUAAAUAACAUUUUUAAACAGCGAACUACGACCAACACAAGAUCAGAGGCCCGUACCUACCAUAAUUAAGACAAGAUCAGAGCCCACACCAACUAAAAUCAACACAAGAUCAAAGCCCAUACCAACCAAAAUCAAAACAAGAUCAAAGUCCAUACCUACCAAAAUCAAAACAAGAUCAGGGUCCAUACCUACCAAAAUCAAAACAAGAUCAGAGCCCACACCAACUAAAAUCAACACAAGGUUGAAGCCCAUACCAACCAAAAUCAAGACAAGAUCAGGGUCCAUACCAAUCAAAAUUAAGAAUAAAACCCACAGCAAUCAAGACAAAAUCAUAGCCCAUAAAAACAAAGACUAAGACCAGUACUAACAAAGACCAGUGUCAGUGGAGACCAAGACUUUUUAUAUGAAUAAACUGAUGUGUAUAAUAGCAAAAAUUUUGGGAUUGUUUUUGUGUCAUUUUGCUUUAGAUUGUUUUACAUUUAUUGUUUUUACUAAAACAUGAUGCAAAAUUGAGAAAAAGCAACAAAAUGUCAUAAUUAACAAUUUAUUUUCUGUUUUAUUUUAAAUUGUUUGGUUUUAAAAUACCUAAUUUAGCAAAACGAAAUCUCGUUUAACAUUUUUUUGCUGCUAAGAAACUAUAUUAGUAAUCCUCUCCUAACAGCAGUUUCAUCCACUGUCUAGUUAAUUACAUGUUUAAAGCAUGUCUGCUUAUUUUCAGAUCUCCUAUAAUUCUUAGAGAUUAGGUGAAAUUAUGGGAGUUGUUUCAAUUUCAGUUCUGAGUGAAUUGUUAGAAUGCAGCACCAUAUCACCACAGUAACUCUUAACACACACUGUGGGCCCAUCCAGGUCUAGUGCACACAUGUUUGUUGGAAUAUUUUUUAACAAAUAUUGAUAUCAAAGCCUUAAAGGGUGGGAUUUCUUUUUUCAAAUUUGAGCUAAUGUAAAGGGACUAAUUUGGACUUAAGUUUUUUUCUGCCCUCUACUGUGAACAUGGUAUUACACAUUCAACAUUUUACCAGCAUUUAGUGAACAGCAAUGUUCAAAUGUUUCUGCACCAAUAUUUUGACACACUAUUUGGAACACAUUUAUGAUCUUAUAAAGAAUAAAUGAUUUCACUAGCAUUGCAUUCUAAAGGCUAUGUGCUACAUACAAUGUUUAGUACAGAAUAAUAGUGAUUUGGGACACAGGCUCAUAUAGAGACACUUAGUUUGUCAGCAUCUAUUCCACACACUGUGUUUCUCUUCCUGUUUAUUACUGAGAUGUCACUCUGAAAGCCCCAUCCCUUUUGGAUUAACACUUUGUAAUUAAUGUUGUUACCCUUGUAUUGUUUAUACUCGUUAAUAUAAUGUUGGUUUUGAGACCUGCAAUAAACAAUAAUAUUAAGCAUC